GUUUUUUUAUUAUGUUAUUUAAUUACAACCAAUCAGGUGAAAGACCGUUGGCGAUUUUCAACUGUUCCAUCGCACUCCAACAUCGACACUCAAUAGCACAAGCACGCAUCAUUCAUCGGCAACGACAGCCAGGGGCACAGUGCAGCGGCAAGACACGAAGGUCCCCCAGGGACACAGUGCAGCAGCAAGACAUGAAGCCACACUGAAUACGUUUUAGCAUUUGCUGUGGUUGCCGACAAGCAUGGUCGGCAACCAUAUUCAAAGCCAUCAUGUAUUCGGUGUGUCUGCAUGACACGCAGACGUGGGGCCUCAACAGGGUACAAUGCUCCAUGUGGCUUUCCCAGUCGUCGCCAUACAACGAUUUGUAAGGGUUGUCGGAUUUCCGGUGGUCAACGACGACGUCAGCUGGAUUCGGGCCCCUCGAUCCCAGUGACAAUGAGUGGAUGUGGUAAACCUUUUUCCUCGUCAUUCCAUGGGAAUUCGAACAUUUGAUUGCCAACUUAUCCGGAUCAGAGAUUCGCAAUUCACCAAUUGUAGAAAAUCCCAUCGAUGCCAGUUUCGCCGCGGUGGUUUUGCCCACAUUUGUUAUCGUACCCGGUGAUUUUGAAGGUCGUUGAACAACCCACGGAUGCACCUCCCCCUUCAGAUGAACGGGCGGCAACGACGGCCCUCUUGACCGUCUGGUGUAGAAACAAUUGCGCACCCAAACGAAAAGCGCGCUUGGCCAGGAUACUUCAUCUUCAGGGCCAAGGGAUGAUGGCCACGACCAAAUACCAAGACGAACACCCAUUUGCCUUGCCCACGCUAGUCGAGCCUUUGCCCAUGGAGAUUCGACAUCGUUGCUGCCUUGCUUCGAUGCUGUCAUUGACGACACGCGGGGCUUGAGACGUAGUGAUUAACCAUGUGGCUCGUCUGCGUGACACUCCAGGCCAUUUCCAUGCAAUCAGCAAUGAUUUGUGAUUCGGCCGAAUCCAGUUCUACCACUCGGUUCUGACCACCGGGACGGGACACGCUGCCGGUGUAAGCAAUGCCUUGUUGAACACUCGCCAAGAACUGCAACAAUGCAUUUCGCAUGGGCACUCGCAUUCCUUCUUUAAGGUUGAAAGCAACCAACAUGUCGUGAAUGGUGCCACGAUGAACGUUCCAUUCGUGUUCUGGUGGAGAGCCAAGCACGUCAACAAAGUGUACAAUCCACGCUACGCGUCUUUGUUCACUGGUAACAGACUGUUCUUGGUGCUUUGGGAUUGGCAUGGCUUUGUUUGGGACGGCCGUUGGUGUCUGAGGAUGGAGAAGAACAGGUUGUGAUUGGUCUGGACAUGCCGUUGGUGCUUGAAUCAGUGGAUCCACAGGGCCUGCCAAUUGAUCAGAGGCACAGCUGGCUGGAUUAUUGCCUCGACGCUGAUUUCUGAAGUAUUUCACACUUCUGGUAAGACCGUGGCCACGCCGUCGCUUGGGCAUUUCAAAGCGUCGAAAGUGCCGCCAAAAAAUCGUUGACCGUGAAUCCCGC